AUGUGUGGGGGGCCCGCAGGCAUUGCAGAAGAUGGAGCUGUCAAGACGUACAUGCUGGACUAUGACCACGGCUUCACUGCGCCUAUGAUAAGUCGCAAAAGCCGGAUGCCCCACCGGAGUUUGCAUAUCAUUUCCUACGCGAUGGUCGCAACGGUCGUGAUCUUCCUCGUCGUUCAGUGUGCACUGCAACUAGCAGGCAGAAGAAACGUGAACGGCUGGUCCCAGAGGAGGCUCGCGGAACAAGUUCGAAGAAAAAAAGGGAAGCUCAAAGGGAGCGUCAGCCUGAGCCAGCAACACCUGACACAUCACCAGGGUCUCCAGUCGCUUCAGCAGCAGCGGAAUCCUAUGGGAAAGAAACACAGAAUCCGUCUUCAGAAGAGCCUCGUGGGCAUACGACUCCUGCGGAAGCUGAGGCAACUGCAGCAGCUGGUGGUGAACAGGCAGAGCAGGCCCAAGCUCCAGCGCCUGAUGCGCCAAGCGGUGCAACGGGAUCUGCUGUUUCUGCAGGGCGGGAAGAUGACCAAGAAGAAGGUCAAGGGUUGCCAAGGCCUUGGGCGCCACCGAAGGCUUCGGAAAGAAAGGGAUCUUCAGCUGCUGAUCGAGAAGAUGGAGCACAAGGGGCUGGGAGUUGCUCGAAAGGGUAGGGAGUCUGGGGAGCAGCCAGCAGAUGUACCAGGAGCGGAGGGUGCUUGGGCAGAUCCAGGGGAAGGUUCGGCAGGAAGCACACAUCAGCUCGUGUUUCCAUGGCUUGAUUUAUCGGCAGUCGGUGCAACGGGUGGCGAGUCUGGGGAACAGCCAGCAGAUGUACCAGAACAGCUUCCCUGGCAGCGAAUGCCUGAUGAGCAGGGGCCUGAACGUCCUGCAUGGAGUCUCGAUACAGAGGAACCAUCGGGGGGGCCUGGAACAUCCCAAGGAACAACGGAAGAGCCUGGACACCCAGCCCAACAACUACCUGGAGGUGCGAAGGGUGCUUGGGCAGAUCCAGGGGCACGUUCGACAGGAACGACACAGCAGCUUGUGUUUGAAUUGGUUGAUAUGUCAGGAGUUUCUGGAAAGGGUGGGGAGUCUGGGGAACGGCCAGAAGAUGUACCAGAACAGCUUCCCUGGCAGCCAAUGACUGAUUUGCAAGCGCCUGAACGUCCUGCAGGGAGUCCCGGUGCAGAGGAACCAGGGCAGGAGCCUGCAGAGUCCCAAGAGCCAACAGCAGCUCCGGCUGUCCGGGAAUCUGGGGGAGCGCUGACAGGUGUACAAGGAAAGCAAUCCAGUGGGGACAAUUGGGGAACUGGGGAAGCUAGUGCACCUGGAGAAAUGCCGCAUCCCAGUGCAGGAGCAUCCCAGCAAACAACUGCGUCCGCCGUAACCCAGGCAGGUGGUCCUCUCGUGGCCGGCCUAAAACGAGUAGCUACAUCCGCAGCGGGUGCGCUUGAGUCGUUCUUUCAGCCUGAUUUCCCGGCAGGCUGGAUGUACGCCUUCCCACUUAUCGGCGACCCGCAGACGAGAGAGGACAUGAACACCGUGUUGCGCUUCCUUCAAAGCGCUGGAAGCCAGCCCAGACCUCCUCAUCCGGGGCGAUUUAGGAUAAAAUUUAGAGGCUUUUCUAUCGAGAUUACUGUUUCUCAUACGGUUUCCUCUCCUGGUUGGCCAGGCGAAAGAAUUUUGCAAGCCGCUGCGAUAUUUAUGGAAAAUUUCUUUGCGGAUGUGACUGCGCUUUUCGAGACUGGAGACAGUCGACCCGUCAUAGAGAAAACGGUGGAGUUGAAGACGGAAGCUGGCAGCAAUAUAGCGGGUUGUCUCACAAUCCGACUUGUCGAGGAGACACAUACGAAUAAUUGCAAAGCAUAG